AUGGAGAGAUCUUUAACCUCUGCGGGGCUUGGCCUUGCAGGCAGCGGGCAGAUCCAGCUGUGGCAGUUCCUGCUGGAGCUGCUCUCGGACCGGGCCAACCUGAACUGCAUCGCCUGGGAAGGCACGAACGGGGAAUUCAAGCUGAUUGACCCUGACGAGGUGGCGCGGCGCUGGGGUGAGCGGAAGAGCAAACCCAACAUGAAUUAUGACAAGCUGAGCCGGGCACUGCGCUACUACUACGACAAGAACAUCAUGACCAAGGUCCACGGCAAGCGCUACGCCUACAAGUUUGACUUCCAUGGGCUGGCGCAAGUGUGCCAGCCGGCUGCCCCUGAUCACACCCUCUACAAAUUUCAGGGCAACCUGGCCCCACUGCCCUUCUCAGGCAUCUCCAAACUCAACCUCAUGACCUCGGGGGUGACACCAGCCGGCUUCUCCUACUGGCCUGGCUCCAGCCCGUCCCUCUACCCCGGGCACGGGCUCCAGCCCUCUGCCCCCUUCAGCGCCAUGGCAGCCUCCCACCUCAACAACAUGAACAAUCAUUACCACUAGAGGCUCAGCCACGCCAAGCAGAGCUCCUCGUCCCUGGCAGCAUGGGGCUGGGGAGCUGGGAAGCUCAGCAGGGAGGGAUGGGGGGGUGGGAUCGUGACCUGCUCUCAGUUGCCCCCUUUUAGAUUUGAAGAGUGGUGUGGGGGGCAAAGGGUGCUUGCAGGGUAGCUGGGUUGGGUCCCUGAUGUGGGUGGCUGGAGAGAGAAGCCAUCUAAAAUUAGGGUGAGGAUGGAUCUGUGAUCCUGGGAACAGACAUGAAUAGCUAAAUCAGGGUGUGAAUGGAAGAAAAAAAAAAUGGGCUCUCCUCCUUGCAGGGACUGUGCCCCCCUUUUCCUUUGCAACAUGCUGCCCACCCCAUGAACGUCCUUAGCUCUGCCCCCAGCCUGUGCCUGCCCUCCCCUCUCCCUGCAGAGAGGAGGCAGGAGCUGAGGCCUCAGGGCAGCUGUGUCCAUGGGUGAGGGUCCCCCUGGUAGGGGCAGGGAAAUGGGACUCUCCUUGCUGUUCCUUGGUCCCCCACCUUUGCCUCCAAAGCUUUCCUUUCCUCCAUUCCUCCUACACCUCCUGAUGCUGGUGGCUUCCUCCAGACCUCAGGAGAAGCCUUGGUCUGGAGAGGAGAAGCUCUUCAUGGGUUGACUCCUGCCCUGGGCAGGGCUCUGGGGCUGGAGGUACCAGGGGCAGAUGUGAGGGCACUGCCAACCCUCAAGGCAAGGACAGAACCCAGAGGCAGCAGAGCGUGGCCCCCACAGCUCUGCCCUCUUCCCAGUGCCCAAGGACCACACCACACCACAGAAGGGGAUGGUCCCCAACAUCCUGCACAUGAGCCCGUGUCCUGCUGGUUACUUCCAAGUUUAAUUCCCCAGUUUUACUGUGGCUUUAGCCCCUUGCAUACAGGGCUUGGUGGGACACCCUCCAUGGGUGGGAACAUCCCCAGGGACAAGGCUGACUGGGAGGUUGAGCAGGAGGAGGGAUGACAGCAGGGCUGGGAGUCCCAGGCACUGAGGGGCAGCCCUGGGUCUCUCUGCCUAGGUCCAAGGAGGUAUCCCCAUCCUCCAGAGCAGGACUUUGGCCCAGUGGAUGAAGAAGAACUGGGCAUGCUGGGCUCUGCACUGGCUGGGGGGAGGGAUUGGUCUUCAAUAAAACAGAGAGGUGCUGUGA